UCACACCCCUUGGAUCUCAUUGACUCCGCCUGUUAUUACAAUACUUGCACACCUUUUUUCGCGUUCAUGUGCUGGUGCACGAUUCAGAAGUAGUGACACCCGUAGGUUUCCUAGGUGUUCAGGUCGCGCGGCGUUCCCUUGUCGUGCACCUCACUUUUCCCUGCUUUCUCGUUUCCACGCCUCUUCUCCCACAGCUGCUCUGCGCUCCUCUCCAGUUUCAGACAUGGCGGCGGAUCUGAACCUGGACUGGCUUUGCUCGUUGCCCCCCACUUGGAGUUACGGAGUCACUAGGGAUGGGCGAAUCUUUUUCCUCAAUGAGGAGGCGAAGAGUACUACCUGGCUGCAUCCAGUCAGUGGGGAGGCCGUGCUUACCGGACACCGGAAAACUCCAGAUUUACCCACUGGCUGGGAGGAAGGCUACACAUUUGAAGGAGCAAGAUGUUACAUAAAGUGACCAAUUUUGAGUAUCCAGUCCAUCUACUGCAUGUCUUUGGAAUACAAGAGGAAACCCACGUGAACACAAGGAGGAUACGCAUACUCCAUACAGAAGGCAGACCAGUUGAAAGUCGAACCAGAGAACCUCUUGCUAUUAGGCAACAAUGCUGUCCUUUCUGCCAUUGUUUUUCUCUUUAAUCAAACCGAGUGCCACAAAUAAAGAAUGAAAAAAAUUUA